GAAUCCUGCGGGUAUUACAUCCAGAUUAUGAUCCGUGACCACUUCCUUCCAAACAUGGCAACCAAAUGGGGGAUUUGCAGCGCAGGCAAAAUCAGCCACGACUUCACGGCUGCCUUGAAAACUCUUCCGCUCGAAGACCACCAGGUUGUGGCGGUGGCUGCCCGCAACUUGGAGCGUGCACAGGAGUUCAGCAAAAAGCACAGCAUCCCAUCGGCAUACGGCAGCUAUGAAGAAUUGGCCCGAGAUCCAAACAUCGACGUGGUGUAUGUCGGCGUGAUCCACCCGUACCACCUGAAGAGCUGUUUGCUCUUCAUGGAUGCCCAAAAAAAUGUUUUAUGUGAGAAGCCUCUGGCCAUGAAUGCAAAAGAGGUGAAGGAGAUUCUGGACUCGGCCAAGAGGAACAAUGUUUUCCUCAUGGAGGCCGUGUGGAGUCGAUUUUUCCCAGCCUCAGUGGAGAUGCGCCGGCUGCUGACUCAAGGGGAGCUGGGCGAGGUGAAGAUGGUGAAGGCGGAAUUUGGCCAGUCACUCAUGCAUUUGCCCCGAUCCAUGGACAAGGAGUUGGGCGCGGGAACAAUGCUGGACCUCGGCAUUUACCCGCUGCAGUUCUCCAUCAUGGUGUACGGCGGAGAAAAACCCCAGAGCAUCAAGGCCAUGGGAGUCUGUACGGAGAAUGGAGUGGACGAGACCGUGGUGGUCACUCUCAAGUUCUCCAAAGGCCGCAUGGCCGUGAUCACGUGCUCCUCAGGAAUGGAGCUAGACAACGACGCCGUCAUUGUGGGCACCAAUGGCAACAUCAGGAUCCCUGCUCACAUGUGGUGCCCCACCUCUUUGGUGGUCAACGGGAAGGAGACACAGUAUCCUGUUCCAAAGUCUGACGUAGCCCUCAACUUCUUCAACAGCACGGGAAUGCGCUACGAGGCCGAAGCGGUCCGACAGUGUUUGCUCAAAGGACUGAAGGAGAGUCCCGUGAUGUCGCACGCCGACUCACUUCUGCUGGCCGAAGUGGAGGAUGAAGUACGGAGGCAGGUGGGCGUGGUCUACAGUCAAGAUUCGAGCUAAGCGUCCAACUCAUUAGAUUUUUGACACCAUCCUUCUUUGUGCUUAUUGCCUAAAUUGUUAGUCAAAAAGAUAAAUAAAGAGAAAAAAAAAGU